CCGUCAGUUAUAAAAGUGUGUGUGUGUGUGUGACACUGAUGCUUACUUCACUCACAGAGCUCUCAUUAUAGACGCUGUGAGGACCAACCAGACUUUCACUUCUUUUUUGCCAAAAAGGACCACCUAAACAGCAGAAUGCGCGAGUGUAUCUCUAUCCAUGUCGGCCAGGCUGGCGUCCAGAUGGGCAACACCUGCUGGGAGCUGUACUGCCUGGAGCAUGGCAUCCAGCCCGACGGCCAAAUGCCCAGCGACAAGCCCAAAGGAGGCCACGACGACUCCUUCACCACCUUCUUCAGUGAGACCGGCACAGGAAAGUAUGUGCCCAGGGCCAUCUUUGUCGACCUGGAACCUACUGUCAUUGACGAGGUUCGCACUGGAACGUAUCGCCAGCUCUUUCACCCAGAGCAGCUCAUCUCUGGGAAGGAGGAUGCCGCCAACAACUACGCCCGCGGGCACUACACCGUUGGAAAGGAGCACAUCGACUCCGUCCUCAACAGGAUCCGCAAGCUGUCGGACCAGUGCGUUGGUCUCCAAGGGUUCCUGGUGUUCCAUUCCUUUGGCGGAGGAACCGGUUCCGGCUUCACGUCUCUUCUGAUGGAGCGUCUCUCCGUCGACUUCGGCAAGAAGUCCAAGCUGGAGUUCGCCAUCUAUCCGGCCCCUCAGGUGUCCACCGCCGUGGUGGAGCCGUACAACUCCAUCCUGACCACGCACACCACCUUGGAGCACUCCGACUGCGCCUUCAUGGUGGACAACGAGGCCAUCUACGACAUCUGCCGCAGGAACCUGGACAUAGAGCGUCCGUCGUACACCAACCUGAAUCGGCUCAUCAGUCAGAUCGUCUCUUCAAUCACGGCCUCGCUGCGCUUCGACGGCGCCCUGAACGUGGACUUGACAGAGUUCCAGACCAACCUGGUGCCCUACCCGCGAAUCCACUUCCCUCUGGCGACCUACGCCCCCGUCAUCUCAGCAGAGAAAGCGUACCACGAGCAGCUGACCGUGGCGGAGAUCACCAACGCCUGCUUCGAGCCCGCCAACCAGAUGGUGAAAUGCGACCCUCGCCACGGCAAGUACAUGGCGUGCUGCCUGCUGUACCGCGGCGACGUGGUGCCCAAGGAUGUCAACGUGGCGAUUAGCAACAUCAAAACAAAGCGCUCCAUCCAGUUCGUGGACUGGUGUCCCACCGGCUUCAAGGUGGGCAUCAACUACCAGCCCCCCACUGUGGUUCCCGGCGGAGACCUGGCCAAGGUCCAGAGGGCCGUGUGCAUGCUGAGCAACACCACCGCCAUCGCCGAAGCCUGGGCUCGACUGGACCACAAGUUUGACCUGAUGUACGCCAAGAGGGCCUUCGUGCACUGGUACGUCGGCGAGGGGAUGGAAGAGGGAGAGUUCUCCGAAGCCAGGGAAGACAUGGCCGCCCUGGAGAAGGACUACGAGGAGGUGGGCGUCGACUCGCUGGAUGAAGACGAAGAGGGCGAGGAGUAUUAAAGCAGGAAAUGGAACCUAUGUUCGUGGACUGAGCAGCUUCUUUGGCGAUGCAGAACCCGUUUAUGUCGACCAACUCACCGAGUCCUAGUCUAACGUGCCCUUCUCAUGACUACAAAGUGGCCCACUUUUUUAGAUCACUUAGUCAGGGGUGUCAAACUCAUUUUAGCCCGCAUGGAGGAAAAUCCAUGGUAAAAUCACGAUAACUUCAAAAUAAAACCAACUUCAGAUAGUUUUUUUUGUUUGGCUUUGAUAAAUAAAAAAACAAAAAAAAACAAGCACAACUCUGAAAAUGUACAUUUUACAAAUAAUUCUCUAGGCAAAACACUUCAUGUUAGUUGAAAAUUCUGAGGAAAAGAAUUAAAAAACAGUCUCAGUGACUCAGAGCACUUUUACAUAGUGAAACCAAAUAAACCAGUGUGGGUGGCAAUGGUGGGUAAAGUGUCUGGCCCAAGGACACAAAGGCAGUGAUUAAGAUGGCGGAAGUGGGGAUCGAACCUGGAACCCUCAAGUUGCUGGCACGCCCACUCUAUCAACCAUCCAUACCGCCCGCCUCUGUUGCUGUUUCUUCAAAUUUGAAAAAAAAAACUGAAUUUCCCCCAGGGAUCAAUAAAGUACUUUCUAUUCCAUUCUAUUCUACACCGCUGCAUUGGUGACACCCGCAACUGCCACAACACAUUCAUUCGUCAUAAUUCAAAUAUUACAAUUAUAAUAGAAACAAAACAAUUAUCAUAGCUCGGUUGGUAGAGUGGCCGUGCCAGCAACUUGAGAGUUGCAGGUUCGAUUCCCGCUUGUGCCAUCCUAGUUACUGCUAUUGUGUCCUUGGGCAAGACACUUUACCCACCUGCUCCCAGUGCCACCCACACUGGUUUAAAUGUAACUUAGAUAUUGGGUGUCACUAUGUAAAGCGCUUUGAGUCACUUGAGAAAAGCGCUAUAUAAAUAUAAUUCACUAAAUCACAAUUAUCAAAAUGAUACCAUAGCUGACUUCAAGGUAACUACACACUUACCCAAUGUGAACAUGGUAGAUUUAAGCAUAGAUUAAAACAGAACAACAAAUGUAGAAAACACACAUUUUUACAAUGGAGUACAGGGUGUGCAACUCGCUUUAAACUUAAGUACAAACUUAACCCAUGUGAACUUGGUAGAUUUAAGCAUAAAUUAAAAUAGAACAACAAAUGUAGAAAACAAACAUUUUUACAGUGGAGUUCAGGGUGUGCAAUUCGCUUUCAACUUAACAACAAACUUAAUCAAUGUGAACAUGGUAGAUUUAAGCAUAAAUUAAAAUAGAACAACAAAUGUAGAAAACACACAUUUUUACAGUGAAGUUCAGGGUGCGUAACUCGCUUUCAAAUGGUAAAUGGGUUGUACUUGUAUAGCGCUUUUCUACCCCUUUUUCAAGGAGCCCAAAGCGCUUUGACAGUAUUUCCACAUUCGCCCAUUCACACACACAAGUGCGAGCGCUGCCGGGAACUCCAACUACUAGUAAAGUCUUUGCAUCUUAGCGUUUUGUUAUGUUAUCCAUUGAGUGGAUCAUAUACAAGGAACGAAGGUAUUGUGCAUGGAUGCUGCAUCAGUCUGCCGCCAUCUGCUGCCAGCAGGAGCAGGGGCAGCUUAUUGAUUAAACAGUGUCAUGUGUGACAGGGGCUGCACCCAAAUUGCUAUUACAAAACAAAAACAACAAAAAAUUGCAAUUGCAACAUCUAGUGGACACAUUUAGAACAACAGUUUUGUUUCAAUAAAAUAAUAGCAGCUCAUUUUUAUACUUGGCAAACUCACCUUGCAGGCCACGGGCCGGAUUAAACCUGUUCUCGGGCCUGAUAUGGCACAUGGACCGUGUGUUUGACACCCUUGAUACAAAUCCAUUCACUUUGACAUGUUAAUAACUUCCUAAUUAUCAAAUAACAGUCACAGUGCAAAGUAAACUUCAAAAUAAAAGCACAUCAGUAACAACCUGGUUUCGACAACAAAACUUUACAACAUUCACCCAUGUGUCAAAAACAUGCAACAAAGCAUAACUAUAAGUAAAACACCUGAAAAAGGAAAACUGUAAAGUUAGGAAGACAUGUCAAUGAACGCCCUUUAAAAAAAAAAAUCAUAUUUAUUCCUAUUCUAGAUGUCUGGUAAAGUCACAAAUGUGGCUAGAUUGGGUUUGGGUCAUGUCGGCAUAAACAAGUUUUACUGUAUCGUACAUUUUAAGGCAGGUAUGUGGUUGGUGAGACAAUAAACACUGACGUUAAUGCUGUGUAAAAAAAUGUGUAAGAGCUAUCAUGUUUGCUUGUCUGUAGGUUGACGUGUUUGUGUCUUCUUUUUCCAAUAAUAUGUUUACAAACACCA